AUGAAUACUGCUACAAUUAGUGACAAUCAAAGAAUAUUUAUUGAAUCUUUAGUUAAAAGAAUUGAAUCAUUAUUACCUUUUAGAACUGGUCAUAGUUUUCAAGAAAUUGAAAUUGAUCCACAAUUUAUAUUAACUAAAAAAAUAUUAUUAAAUGAAUAUUGUAAAAAUUCAGAAUCAAUUACUUAUAUUAUAACAUCAUUUACUUCAUUAUUACUUACAAUAAAUAAUGAAUCUCAAAAUAUAAAAGUAAAAUAUAGAGAUGAAAAAUCAAGAUCUUCAACUUUAUUAACUUGUAAAUUAUUAGUUGAUAUUUUAAAAUCAAAUUGGAAUAGGAAAACAAAUGUUAUUGAUGAAAAAAAUUUUAUGAAUAAUUGUUCAAAAUUUUAUUAUUAUGAUGCUCCUAUAUCAUUAGAUAAAACUAUAAUAAUUGAUGUAUUAAAUUUUUAUAUAAAUUUAUUAUCUUCAGGAAUUGUUAAAAGAGUUUUAUCAUUAAUUAGAAAUGAACAAUCAAUUUCUAUUGGUGUAAAAGAUGAAUCAGAGGUCCUAAAAGAUGAUCAACAACCAGUAACAGAAGAAGAAAGUAUACUAUCUACAAUUUCAGAAAUUGAUUCUUAUAUUGAAUUAAUUUUAAGAUAUAUUGCAACUGCAAAUCCUGAUGAUUAUUAUGAUUAUAUCUCAGCCAAAAUUUUUUCUUUUUCAAAUAAUAAUCAAACUAUACCAUUACCAACUAUACAAAAAUAUUGUCCAUUAAUUAAAUAUAUUUUUUUCACUAAAAGAAAUCUAAUAAAUUUUACAAAUGAAACUUUAAAAGCUAUUCCUUUCAUAAAAUCAAAUACAUGGAAACAAGUUUAUUUAUUCUUUUUCGCAAGUACAUUAAAAGAUCAAUUUUUUUCAAGAACUCCAGAUUAUGAAAUUUUAAUAGAUCCAAGAGAUUCAAAUCAUUCAAAUUCUUUAAAACAAUUAUUUGAUGCAGCAUUAAAUAUAUUUGAAGAAAAUUAUAAUCAAAGUUUAUGUGCACCAUUUAUAUUGACAUGGUAUCUUGUAUUAUGUAUUGAUGAUUUUACUGAAAUAAAUGCUUUAAAACCAGUAAAUAAAUUAAAAUUAGCUUUUAACAAGAGAUUAAAAUAUUUAUCAACAAUACUAAAAGAAUCUUCAAAUGGUACAAACUUAGAAAGUUUUGACUCAUUAAUAAAUAUUUUCCAUUUGGGUACAAGAUUAGAUGCAUAUGGUUAUAAACAUCAUCCUAUUUUAGUUUUCAGUUUGCGACAUAUUGAUGAAGUUUAUAUCAAACUUAAAAAAUAUAAUGAAUUACAUCGUGAAAAACUAUUAGUUGAUGAAGAUUUACAAUCAAAAUAUGAAUAUGUUAUGGUAAAUUUUUAUAUUGCAGCUAUUAUACUACGACCUGAAAAAUACUCGAAAAUUAUCAUUGAUAAUUAUCAUCAUGGUAAUACUGACAUAAAAAUAACCAAAAUAUUUGUUAAAACCAUACGGGGAUUAUCCGAAAUUGAAACGGCAAAAAAUAUAUUUUAUCAAUUCAUAGUAACCACUAAAGAAAUUUUUAAAGUCAUAUUAUUUGGAGCUUUGAAUAUAUUACUUCAUUAUGAUACUCAUAUUAAUCCACCAAAAAUCAAUGAUGCAUCAAACGCUUCAAUUCAUUCAGAAGCUGCAAGUAUCGAUGAACUUGAAUUAAGAGCCAAUCAAGCAACGAAUAUGUUUAUGGAAGCUAACAAUUCAGGUUUAGAUCAUUAUGCAAAUGAAAUUGACAAAUCAAAAGAUGAAAAAUUGUUUUUUUUACCAAAAUCUUCAGCUGCAUCUAUUGCUUCAUCAUCAAAUUCUUAUUUUUAUAGAAUAGCAUACGAUGCAGAAGAAUUAUUAGCUGAUAUUUUCAUGAUUUUUGUAGCUGCACCAGAAUUAUAUUUUAAUGAUAUGAAAUUAAUGAAUGAUGAUAAUUUAAAAACUGUACCAUAUCCAGAAUUACUCAAUUCUAUAAUUGAGUUUUGUCAUAAAUGUGUUAUCCCAUUAAGACAAGCUUUUAAAAUUAAACCAAUAAAUCAGGAAAAUUCAAGAUUAUUCGAUGCUAGUAAAAUGUUAUCAAUGCAAAUAGUUGCUCCAAAUUCAAAAAUUGAAACUGAUUAUACGGAUUUAUCUGCAUUUGCCAAUUUCAACAUUUGUAAUUGUAUUAUUCAAUCAUUAUGUGAAACGUGUUUGGGAUUGCCAUUAAUUGAUCCAAAAUUCAAGUCUAGUUUUUUGUUCCUUAACGAUUUUUUACAUUUAAGAGAUAAUUAUAGUCAAAUUUUAAUGUCUAAUCCCAUCUUAAUUGAUUCAAAAUCUCGUGAAUUAUAUGAGAGUUGUGGAGCUGUGAUUCAAGCUGUUGAGAAAGUUUUAUUACUUUCAUCUUGUACUCAUGAUAUUCAAUUCUAUAAUUAUGCAAAACAAGGUAUACUGUGGUAUAUCAAUGAAAUAAAAAACAAUAAUGCGUUAUACCCUGUUGGAGAAGUUGAAGACACUUUAUUAGAUACUUUUGAAUUAAUGAAUCAAGAUGAAGGAGUAUUCACAGGAUUCGUUUCAUUACAAAAGAGACAUCGUAAAAUUUUAAGAGAAGCAAAACCAACCAAAUCAUUAUAUUCAGUAUGGCUUAUAAUAUUAGCAAGAUGGAAAAGAAUACUACGAGAAAAUGAAAAAAUUAAUGAAAAUAAUGCAAUUUUCAGACAUUUUACUGGUUUUUUAGUUUCAACGUCUGGAUGUUUUAUAUCAGCUACAAAAAAUUUUGAACAAGAUGAUUACUUCAAAAAAAGUGGUACUUAUAUUUCAGAAUUUUUUGACAAAUGUAUUGAUUUAUUAAACUCACAAGAUUUGGUUGUUAGAGUUAUAAUUAAAGACACUUUAUCUAAUGAAUCUCAUUCUGAUGUAUAUCAUAUGAUUGCAACAAAAUUAAUGACUAGAGCCACUGAUUAUCUAGAUUUGGAAGUACAAACUGAAGAAAAUAUUGUGUUUUUAGAACAAGCAAUGAUUAUUAUGACAGCAAUGAUUAAUGUUGGAAAUGAUGGUGCAUUAUUAUUAUCUUCUUUAUUACCUCAUAUUUGUCAAUUUUUUAUUAAGUUUAUAAAUAAAGUUGAAGAUGUUGUUUACAAGUUGCGAUUAAAAUUAAGAUUUUGUAAAUUAGCUGCAACUUUAGAACUGGAUAAAACCAGUGCAGGGUUAAAUGGUGCUUAUAAAUUGAGAAAUUAUUAUAGUAAAGCAUUGUUAGAAUGGUUAGAAUUAGCUGUUAUUUUAGAUCAUAUCACACCGGAAGAAGAAAUUUCAAGAGGUAAAACUUCAGAAGUGGUAUAUCUAAAAUUAGAUUUAGCAGUUCAAUGUUCAAAAGCAAUACGUUUACAAUUGGAGAAUUUAUUACUUGAAGUUCCAGAAGGUAUUAAAGAUGAAGAAGUCAAAAAAUAUAAAGAUUUAUCAUUUGGUAAUUUUUUUUCAAUUUUUUAUAAAAUUAUACAAAGAUAUACUAAUAUGCCAUCAACAUGGAGAAGUAAACAUAAACUACAACAAGUCACAGAUAAUGUAUUAGCUUCAAUUACAAAUUUAUUACAAUAUGAUUCUGAAAUUGGAAUUCAAUAUUUAUUACCAAUGGGAUAUCAUGAAAAUAGAAAAAUAAGAGGAAUAUUUUUAAAUGUAUUUGCAAGUAUGUUGACAUCACAAACUAUAAGAAAAAGAGAAGAAGAAUUUCCGGAUGUAUUAAUUAAUUCAGUAGUCGAAGAAACUGAAAUUUUUAGUUCAAUUGCAGAUUGUGCAUCAUCUUUAGAACAUAAUUUAUUAGCAUCUUCAUUAUUUGGAAUUUUUUCAUACACAAAUAAAUUGGAUAAAUUAUUUCAUGUCUUGUUGACGGAUGAAAUUACAAAUUUAUCACGUUCAACGGAUCUAUUUAGGAGAAAUUCAACUCUCACAAGAUUACUUUUCAACUUUACUCAAGAUCAUGGAUUAGAUUAUUUACAUAAAAUACUUUUACCAGUAAUUCAAGAAAUUUUGGACUCAAACAUUCAAUUUGAAGUUGAAAAAAGAGAAUCUCCAGAGGAUUCAGAUUUAUUCAUAAGAUUCUUCGGUAAAUUAGUUGAUGUAAUUGUUCUGUCAUUUGAUGAUCUUCCAUGUUCAUUUAAAUUUGUAUGUGGUCAGAUAUUUCUGGCAGUUUCCAUAAAAUUUGAAGAUUCAGCUUUAAUUGCAGUUGGUUCAUUUAUAUUUUUAAGAUUUUUAUGUCCAGCAUUAAUUAGUCCAGAGCAAUUUUUCAAAGUUCCAGUUGAAAGUGUAAAAACUAAAAGAUCUCUAAUGCAAUUGGUUAAAGUUUUACAAAAUAUGGCAAAUGGUACUAUUAGCUCAAUUAAAUGGCCAGGACUUGCACUGAGAAUUGAUAUUUUAAAUGAUUUGAAUUUGAAAAUUAUAGAUUUUUUAACAAAAGUUUCAACAAGUAAAGGAACAACUUACCCAUUCCAAAAGGGUGAAAUUGAAAAACCAAUUGCAGAAUUAAGAUACUUGCAUAAAUUCAUUUACGUUUAUUUCACACAAAUAAGGUUAAAUUUUUUACUUGGUAAAUCUGCUUUCACUAUUGGUUCUUUACAUGAAAGAGUUGUUAAAUUCAAAGCAUUUGAUAAAAUGGUUCAAAAUUUAGGACAACCAAAACCAAGUGUUAAAUUACAAUUAAAUUCAACUUUAAAAAUAUUUGAUUCAAACAACACCAACGAAGAAGAUGUUAAGUUUAAUGAUUUUAUGACAAAAAUGUCCUUAAGGUAUGCUGAUACACCACAAGAUGCAAUAAAUGUAAUUCAUAGUUCAAUUUUCAGAGAUGCAACUCCUGUAAUUGUUAUAAAUCUUAAAAAAAUGAAACUGAGACCAGAUGAUGCUAAAUAUUUAAUUUAUAAAUUAUUUGAAACAGCAUCACAAGUAUGGGAUAACAAUUAUUAUUUAGUUUAUGAUUUUUCGGAAUUUUAUUUUUAUGCAAACGAGGGACCUCCUGAAUACACUCAUAUAUUAUCGAAUUAUUCACCAAAACAAUUUUUUCAAAAUUGUAAAAGAGUUUAUUAUUUUAAUAUUCCAAGAACUGAAUAUGUUGCCAUUAUUACUUCAAUGAAAAGUUUAAGAAAAAAAGGAGCCCAAUUUAAUACUGAAAUUUUUAUUCAUUCAUCAGUUGAUCCAGAAAAUAUUGUUAGUAAUCUCUGUUUAGAUCCUGAAACAGUUUCAAUAAGUAGAGAUUCAAAAGUAACUUAUAAGUCAGUUUCAUUAUAUGAACCAACAUCUCAAAAAUUUGUUCCAGUAAAUUUAAAAAUUGGUAGAAAAUUUUUAACCAUAUGUUUUCAAGAACGUGUUAAAUUUAAAAGUGAAUUAUCACAAACUGAAAGUUUCACCCCUGUUGAAGUUUAUAGAUUAUCUGAGUUUAACAAAUGUGAAGCUUCAAAUUAUACUGGAAAUGAUGAUGAAUUUACAAUUUAUUUUACUUAUAAUGGUCAAAUUACUUUUAGAUCUUGUGAUAGAUUAGAAAUUUUAAGGUUCUUAUAUUUCACAACUUCAAGAUUACCAAGAAAUGUUUCUUAUAUAGACACUGAAAAGGAUUAUAAAGGUGAAGUUCAUUCAAUGCAUUGGUUUGGCAGAUUAUAUAAUAUUGUUUUCCAAGGUUUAUUGAGUACAGAUAAUGAAGUAAAAUCAUCAGCUGCAGUAUUAUUUGGUUCAAUGUCAUCAUAUUUUGAAAUAGAUUUUGGAAUUUCAGAAGAACAUGCCAAAACAUUACCAUUCCCAACUGAUGCAACAAAUAUGGUUGUUUCAGUAUCAAAACAUUUAUCAAAAAGUUUUCCUGAAAUGACUUAUAGAUUUUUUAAAGCAUAUUUUGAUAAUUUUGAAAAAAUGGAACAAGAAAGUAGAUUAUGUUCAAUACUUUAUAUAUCACCAUGGAUAAAUAAUAUUUAUGAUGAUGUAUAUUCACAAAUUGGUAUAAAUGGACCUGAUAGAGUUGCUGAUUUAAUUCGUCAAUUUUGUAGAAUAUCAGUAUUAAAUAAAGAUCAAAUUUCAUUUAUAAAUGAUUAUAUUUGGAGAAAAUUAUUUUUAGAAUCUAGGUUAGUUUCUGCAUUAGUUGAUGAAGUUGUUGCAUUUGCAAUUGAUAAAAAAAAUGAAGGUCCAGAAUGGUCAUUUAUUAUUUCAGUUAUAACUUCAUCAGUUGAAGUUUGUGGUGAAGUUAUAUCAAGAUUAAUGACAAUUAUUAAACAUACACUUACAACAGAUUCACCAAUUGCAUCACAAUCAAAAUUAUUUGAAAUUACAGUACUAAUAAAAAUUUGUUCUUCAUUAUUUUUUAAUUCAUAUAUUUUAGCAAAAUUAUAUUUAGCAGAUAUAAUAUUUUUUGUUACUUUAUUUAUUGAUGAUCCUCAUUUAGAAGUUGGAUCAGAUUUAAGAAAUAUGAUAAUUAGUGCAGUUCAAUCAUUUUUACAUAAACCAAAUUUAACUGAUCAUCAACAAGAAGUUAUAAAUAAUACAAUUGAAUAUUUUAGUAGUUUAAGAGCUAAAAUGUUGUUUGGAAUGACAAGAGAUUUAAAAUCUACAUUAGAUAUUGGUCAAUCUUUUAAUAGAAUCACAAAUUUUGAAGUUUUAUGUGAUUAUUUAAAUGAAUUUAUUCAAGUUGUUAGUACAUCAGAUGAUAAAACUCAUUGGAAAGCAAGAUGGUCAUCAAAUGCAAUUGAUGUUGCAUUUAAUAAUUAUUCAUUAUUUCAAAAUAGAGCUAUUGUUGUUGUUGGUAUAUUAUCCAAAACAGGUGUUACUGAUUCAAUUGCAUGUAGAACUAUUAAAUUAGUUGCCCAUGGAGAAUUACAAAGUAUUGAUACUGUUAUAUGUAUUUCAACAGCAGUUGCAAGAAUGGUUGAUGGAUUACCAGAUUCUUCAAUGUUACCACCAAUAAUCAUAUGGCCACAAUUAUGUUUUUCAUUAUUAAAUCAAUCAAUACUUUAUCCAUCAGCAUUACAAAAUAUUAUAGCAACAAUUAUAAAAUUAAUGGAUUCAGGAUCUGAUUAUAUUAUAAAAGCUUAUUCACAAAGAGAACAAUUAGAACCAAAUUUAUCAGAAUAUGAACAAAAACAUGGAAUUCAAAUAACUGAAGAAAAUUUUGGUGUUCAUAUUUUUUUCAUUGUUACACAAGGUUUAAAAUUUUCACAAUUUAGACAUUUAGCAAUUUCAAGUAUUAAGAAGUAUUUCAAGAAGAGAUAUGAAAUGAGACAUAUUAGACCAGUUCAUGGAUCAACUAUAUCAAAUAAUGCAUAUGCAUAUUUAGUAUUUAUAUUUUUAUGUGUUGAUUUAAAAGAAUUUGAAGAAUAUAUUACUCAAGACCUAAAAAUGGAAUGUGAAUAUUAUCAAAUUGAUAAAAAUUUAAGAAUUCCUAAAUUUUUAAUGGAAUUUAUAUUAAAAGAUAAUGAAGCAUCGAAAUUAGUUUUAAUUCAUCUUGGUUCAUUUUUCAGUGAUGCUAGAGGUGUUGAUGUAAACUUCAAGAGUAAAUUUAUUUCAUUGUACCAAUUAAUUUUAGAACAUAAUAAAAAAGCAGCAUUAUUAAUUUAUCAUAUUAUACAGCCAGCAUUAAAUCAAGAUUUAAUGAGUACAGUAUCAUUAGAUUUUAUUGAAAAAAUUUCAAAUAUUAUAUUAACAAUAUCACAAACUGAAAAUUAUUCACCUGAAAAUUAUAUAAAUGAAAUUGAACAAAUAUUAAUUGAUAAUAAAAUUUUAUUAGUUAAAAGAUUAAGAGAAUUAUAUCCAGUUGAAUAUACUUUAGAUGAAGAUGGAAGAUUCCGACCAACAUUUGAUAUUGAUAUAAAAGCAAUACAAAUAAUGCUUUAUAGAGCUGCUUGUACUCAUAUUGAAGGUUAUAAAUUAGAAUCAUAA